AUGUCUAGUUCAAUUGAAAGAGAAGUAUUGCCAAGCAAUGUUCAACCAUUGCAUUAUGAUUUAGAAGUUGAACCAGAUUUUGAAACUUUUAAAUAUUCUGGUAACGUUAAGAUUGAUUUGAAAGUUAAGGACAAAACAAUUGAUAAUGUUAAAUUAAAUGUUGUUGAUAUUGAUGUCCACUCUGCUAAGAUUGGUUCUUCAGAUGCCAAAACUAUUUCAAUUGAUGAAGAUAAACAGAUUUUAUCCUUAGAUUUUGAAGAUGGUGUUGUUUCUAAGAAUGACCAAGUUCAAUUGGAAAUCUCAUUUACUGGUAAUUUAAAUUCUAAUAUGGCAGGUUUCUACAGAGCUAAAUAUGAAGAUAAGUUAACUGGCGAAACUAAAUAUAUGGCCACCACUCAGAUGGAACCAACUGAUGCAAGAAGAGCUUUCCCUUGUUUUGAUGAACCUAAUUUAAAAUCUACUUUUGAUGUGACUUUAAUUUCCUCUCCAAUUUACACUCAUUUAUCAAACAUGGAUGUUAAAUCAGAAAUUGAACAAGAUGGUAAAAAAAUUACCAAGUUUAAUACUACUCCAAAUAUGUCAACUUAUUUAGUAGCUUUCAUCAUUGCUGAAUUAAAAUAUGUUGAAAAUAAGGAUUUCAGAAUUCCUGUAAGAGUUUAUGCCACUCCUGGUAACGAGAAAGAUGGUCAAUUUGCUGCUGAUCUAACUGCUAAAACUUUAGCAUUCUUUGAAAAAUCUUUUGGUAUCCAAUAUCCAUUACCAAAAAUGGAUAACGUUGCAGUUCAUGAAUUUUCUGCAGGUGCUAUGGAAAACUGGGGUUUAGUCACCUAUAGAGUCGUAGAUUUAUUAUUGGAUAAGGAAAAUGCUACUUUAGAUCGUAUCCAAAGAGUUGCUGAAGUUGUUCAACAUGAAUUGGCUCACCAAUGGUUCGGUAACUUGGUUACUAUGGACUGGUGGGAAGGUUUAUGGUUAAAUGAAGGUUUCGCUACUUGGAUGUCAUGGUACUCUUGUAAUGAAUUUGAACCAGAAUGGAAUGUCUGGCAACAAUAUGUUACUGAUACUUUGCAGCAUGCUUUAUCCUUGGAUGCCUUGAGAUCUUCACAUCCUAUCGAAGUUCCAGUUAAGAGAGCCGAUGAAAUUAACCAAAUUUUUGAUGCUAUUUCCUACUCUAAAGGUGCUUCCUUGUUAAGAAUGGUCUCUAAAUGGUUAGGUGAAGAUGUCUUUAUUAAGGGUGUAUCCGAAUACUUAAAGAAGUUUAAGUACUCAAAUGCUCAAACUGAAGAUUUGUGGACCGCUUUAUCUGAAGCUUCUGGUAAAAAUGUUAGUGAAGUAAUGAACACUUGGACAAAGAAAGUGGGUUUCCCAGUUGUUUCUGUUAACGAAGAUGGAAACAAAGUAACUUUCACUCAACACCGUUAUCUAUCAACAGGUGAUGUCAAACCUGAAGAAGAUGAAACUCUGUAUCCAGUAUUCUUAUCCUUGAAGACUAAGGAAGGUGUUGAUAGCUCAUUGACUUUGAAUGAAAGAUCAAAGACUAUUGAAUUAAAAGAUUCUGAAUUUUAUAAAGUCAACAGUGACCAAUCUGCCAUCUACAUCACUUCAUACUCGAAUGAUAGAUGGAAUAAAUUCGGUAAACAAUCCCACUUGCUAUCCAUUGAAGACCGUACUGGUUUAGUAGCUGAUGCCAAAGCUUUAUCUUCUUCUGGUUAUACUCCAACUACUAACUUCUUGAAAUUGGUCUCUGACUGGAAGCAAGAAAAAUCUUUUGUUGUUUGGGAUCAAAUCAUCAACAGUAUUUCAUCAAUGAAGGCUGCUUGGUCUUUCGAACCAAAAGAAGUAAGAGAUGCAUUGGAAAACUUUACUAUGCAUUUGGCUUCUGAAAAGGCCAAAUCAUUAGGAUGGGACUUUACAACUAAAGAAUCUUUUGCUGACCAACGUUUGAAGGUUGCUUUAUUCGGUGCCGCUUGUGAUUCCAAAGACCAAGUAAUUGAAAAGGCUGCUUUGGAAAUGUUUGCUCAAUACAGUGCUGGUGAUGAAAAGGCUAUUCCUGCUUUGAUUAAACCAAGUGUCUUUAAUGCUGCUGCUAGAGUUGGUGGUGUUGAAAACUAUGAAAAAUUGUUCAAGAUUUACAACAAUCCUAUGUCUUCUGAUGAAAAAUUAGCAGCUUUAAGAGCUCUUGGUAGAUUUUCUGAUCCUCAGUUAUUAGAAAGAACCUUAGGUUACUUAUUUGACGGAACUGUUUUGAACCAAGAUAUCUACAUUCCAAUGCAAGGUAUGAGAACUCACAAAGAAGGUAUUGAAGCUCUUUGGGGAUGGAUGCAAACCAAUUGGGACGAACUUGCAAAGAGAUUACCACCAGGUUUAUCUAUGUUAGGUUCCGUAGUUGUCAUUGGUACUUCUGGUUUUACAUCUUUGGAAAAAGUUAAAGAAGUUAACGAAUUUUUUGAUAAGAGAUCUACUAAGGGUUUUGAUCAAAGUUUAGCUCAAUCUUUGGAUACCAUUACUUCCAAAGCACAAUGGGUUAACAGAGACCGUGGAGUGGUUUUAGCUUACUUAAAAGAAAAUGGCUAUUAUAAAUAA